AGUUCAGUCGAAAGAAGUGGGCGCCCGUGGGCCCGGGGCGGUGGGCGCGAUCAGAGUGUGUCAGGUCGGCUGGAGAGACUGGCUCUGGGGCCAGACACACGUGGGGUACUUCCUCUCUCCGGGCCUGUGUUGCGGACUCACAUCCACGUCAGAAGCCGUUGACGGGAUGGAAUGAAACCACACACGGAAAAGGGCUCGGCAGAGGGCCCGACAGAACCCACCGAACACGGCCAUGCUCGCCGCAGUCGGCGAGGUCGCUUUCCCGUUCCCCGAGGAGGCGCCCGCUCCGUGUCCGGCCAGGGGCCAUCCCGCAGGCGUUCAUGGGGAAACUGAGGCCCAGAGGGGAGGGAGGGGCUCUUCCUAGUACAGCCCUGCACCCCAAGCAGCAGUCACGUCUGCCGCCUCCCAGGCGGAAAUAAUUCCGGGGAGGGGACACGACUCGACCUUGAGUCACUAAGUGGGGGCAGCAUUCGCAGGCCCGGGGACGCGGGUCCCCCCGCCGGACCCAGGCUCCUCAGUGCAGGCUGGGGAGGGCGCGACUGUGUGACUCCGACUGCGGGGUCCACGCCGACCCUGUGCCUGGGGGAGUCGUGGUGAGCGCCACCGGGAGGUUUAGUCGGGACGGCGGGGUUCACUGCGCUUUGUCUCGAACCCGAGAUGGGCGAUUCCUGGUCUCCAUCAGAGGGUGGAGGUGGGGUUCCCCGGUCGGGGUCCUGAGCCCCCACAGUUAAGAAGCAGGCUCCUGGCUGCCAUGAAGAGUGGGGGAGGGUCCAGUGGGCGCAGCUGGGGAGUUGGGAAGGCCCUUUGCCAUGGGCAGCAAGGGCAGGAGUAAAUGUGGGAGUCUAGGUGGUGAUCAGGAGGGGUGCUGCGCUCCGUGAGAUGAGUCAUCCUAAUACGGCGUGAUGUGGGGGCAACCAGGACCUGGUGGCUCAAGUGAUCGGCUGGAAGCGGGGACCCUGCCCCCAAGGUGCAGGACCCAGCCCAGCGGCGGCGCAGGGCUAAGCUCUCCGAUUGCGCAUGCGCAGCACAGGCGGGCCAGGAAGCUUCGGUUGGGGGCGGGUCAGGCGGCCCGGGAGGGGCGGUGCUAGGAGGCUUCAUUCUGCGCCUGCGCGCACGGGGCGUGGCUGUCGCACCUGCGCGAGUUGGGAGGCGGAGGAGGGGCGAGAUGACGCAGGCGUAAUAAUAGAGAAGGUGCCAGAAAGAUCCAAAACAAGUGGCUGCGGCCGUCGCCCGGGAGUCCUCGGACGCCGGAAUCCGGCCCUGGUUCUGAGCUUGUCCUGCACCCCUCCCCCGGUAAUGGCGCUGUCCGGGCCGACCCCGGCCCCGAGCUGGGAGGAGGAUGAGUGCUUAGACUACUACGGGAUGCUGUCGCUUCACCGUAUGUUCGAGGUGGUGGGCGGGCAACUGACCGAGUGCGAGCUGGAGCUCCUGGCCUUCCUGCUGGACGAGGCCCCCGGGGCGGCCGGAGGCCUGGCCCGCGCCCGCAGCGGUCUGGAGCUGCUGUUGGAGCUGGAGCGUCGUGGGCAGUGCGACGAGAGCAACCUGCGCCUGCUGGGGCAACUCCUGCGCGUGCUGGCCCGCCAUGACCUGCUGCCGCACCUGGCGCGCAAGCGGCGCCGACCAGUGUCUCCGGAGCGCUACAGCUACGGCACGUCCGGCUCCUCUUCGAAGAGGACGGAGGGCAGCUGUGGUCGCCGCCGGCAGUCGAGCAGCUCUUCAGAGUCUCAGCAGGGGCAGUGGGAGACAGGCUCCCCCCCGACCAAGCGGCAGCGACGGAGUAGGGGCCGGCCCAGUGGUGGCGCCCGGCGGCGGCGGAGAGGGGGCCCUGCUGCCCCCCAGCAGCAGCAGCAGCAGCAGCAGCAGCAGCAGCAGCAGCAGCAGGAGCCUUCCAGACCCAGCUCGGAAGGCAAAGUGACCUGUGACAUCCGACUCCGGGUUCGAGCAGAGUACUGCGAGCACGGGCCCGCCUUGGAGCAGGGCGUGGCGUCCCGGCGGCCCCAGGCGCUCGCGCGGCAGCUGGAUGUGUUCGGGCAGGCCACCGCGGUGCUGCGCUCCAGGGACCUGGGCUCCGUGGUGUGUGACAUCAAGUUCUCGGAGCUCUCGUAUCUGGACGCCUUCUGGGGCGACUACCUGAGCGGUGCCCUGCUGCAGGCCCUGCGGGGCGUGUUCCUGACUGAGGCCCUGCGCGAGGCCGUGGGCCGGGAGGCUGUCCGCCUGCUGGUCAGUGUGGACGAGGCCGACUACGAGGCUGGUCGGCGCCGCCUGCUGCUGAUGGAGGAGGAAGGGGGUCGGCGCCAGUCAGAGGCCUCCUGAGCCCGGAUCUGGCGGGACUGACCCCGCCUCCAAGUCUCCAGGCCACCUUCUCUCCCCGGAGGCUGGCCAUCUGCCCGUAGAGGACUGUCACCCUAGCAGCUCUGAGGACUGCGACAGGACGCCAGCCCCUUCUGCAGGAUGUGGGCUCUGAGGCCUAAACCACUUCCAGCUGAGUUUCCUUCUCACGCCCCCACCCACCCCAACCCCCAGGUGUGUUCCAUCAGCUUCCGGAGAGCAGGGCUGAGGCCUGCAGACCUCAGAGGGAGGGAGGCGUAGCUGCACCUUCACUGAAGUCUGCACACGUGUGUCUGACCCCUGGGCUGUCUGCUGUGCGUGCCUGUGCACACCCUCCCUCCUCACUGAAGUCUGCACACGUGUGUCUGACCCCUGGGCUGUCUGCUGUGCGUGCCUGUGCACACCCUCCCUCCUCACUGAAGUCUGCACACGUGUGUCUGACCCCUGGGCUGUCUGCUGUGCGUGCCUGUGCACACACUCACUCUUCACACUCUGACUCUGCUCCCUCUAAACUCUUCCUCCCUGGUCCCCUGUCCUGAUCUACUCCACACACUUCUUUGGCCUAAGGGCUUUUCUCUCAGGAUCUCUAGUUUUACCACUCCCAACCUGGGCUUCAGCAAAAUACCAGUGGGCACUGGUGCCGGGCACACCUGGGCCUGCUCACCUUGCCCACACAUCUCUAGCCAGCCAGGGCUCUGCCUACUUCCCACGCAUACCUGGCUGUUCUCACCACCUCCCUACUCCCCAGAACUGAAUGGACACAGGCUUCUAGUAGGACCGUCACCCAGAGUGCCACACGUGGGUGCCCAGAGGGCCACGAUCAGAACAGCCACCGUCUCGGAAAGGCAAGGCAGAGGCUGGGGGCUGCUGGGGAAGAACCUUGACAAAUGGUAUCAAUAAAGCUGCCCUGAGAAGGGUAUCAGUGGGCA